CUGGUGCUGCUGGAGGAGACCCCCGAGGACCUGGAUGAGCUGCCAGAGGGAGAGGAAGAGGAGGAGGAGGAAGAGCUGGAGCUCUCCAGGGCUGCAUUUCGAGGUUCCACGAGGUCGCCCCCCCAAAAACCCUCAUCGCCCCCCGGGGACCCCCCCGGGACUCCCCCCCUGGCCCCCGUGCUGCAGCUCCUGCGCAGCCAGCUGCAGGAGAAGGACGCGCUGAUCCGGCACCUGGAGAGCGACUGGGAGCGCAGCCGGGCGCAGCGGGAGCGCGAGGAGCGGCUGCUGGUCACCGCCUGGUACAACAUG